AUGAUAAGAGAAAGAUCAUGUUUUCAACUUGAUAAUGGAACAUUUAUUGUGAAGAUUGGGUUAAUAAAUAAUUUGAAUUGUUUAUUAGAAUUUUUAAAGCAACAGCAACAAAAACAAAUUAAAACAAGUAGUAAUGCAGAUUCUAAUCCCAGUUUAUCAUUUGAUUUUAUAAAUAAAUAUCCAUUGUUAAAAAAAUUAAUUAUUUGGUAUCAACGAGUUAGCAAUGAAAAUGAAGCUGAUGAAAAUAAAGAUAAAUUUUUAAACCAUUUUAUUGAUACUAUCACUGAUAAUUUGACAAAAUCGAAAAAUAAUUUUCGAUAUAGUAAUUCGAUUAAGAAUUUUGCUUUAUCGUUGUAUAUUUUAGGUGGUAAAUUGACCUAUGAAUUUCUUAGAUUAAAUUUACCUGGAUCUUUACCACAUCUAUCUUUAUUAAAUUCAUUGAUUUCAAGUUCAGAUUCAAGAAUCAGUGAAGGAGAAUUUAGAUUCGAUCAACUUCAAAAACAUUUUGAUAGUCUUAAUGUGCAAUAUGCAUUCGGCUCUGAAGAUUGUACUGGUAUAGUUAAAAGAAUUAAAUAUGAUUCAACAACAAAUACAUUUACUGGAUUUCCUUCAUUACUUGAUCGUGGAGUGCCAAUUAAAUCAUAUUAUCAGACUGACUCAUUUGAUGCAUUAAAAUUAUGGUUCAAUUCAAUUGAUAAAGCAUCGUUAUUGAAUGUACAUAUGAUUCAGCCAGUGCAAUCCACAGAUAAUAGCAGCAUACCAAGUCCUUAUCUAUUAUCAGCAUAUGGAAUUGACAAUACUGCAACCGCGAACGAUAUAUUACAGAGAUGGUGGUAUAUAUUUAAUCAAUCCUUACAAAGAAAUAUCAGAAUCAUUGGUUUUUCUACUGACGCGGAUCCAAAAUAUCUACGUGCUAUGCGUUUAAUGAGCGGUUUUCUUGGAGCUCUUCCGAAUUUUCAAGUUCACCAGCACCCACAAGCAUUUCAAAUAAAAAUAAGAUCACACUGGUCUUGGUUUUAUCUUCGUGAACAACAAUUAUUAUUAUUUUUUCAAGAUCCGACACAUUUGGUAACCAAAUGGCGUAAUCGUUUAUUAUCAGCAACAGCAGAAUUAUGUCUCGGAAAUCAGUCAAUAUCGAUCAAUCAUUUGCAUGAUAUUAUUGAAAAUGAUACUUAUUCUAAACUUGAUCAUGGUCUAACAAAAUCUGACAUUAACCCUAAAGAUCGUCAAAACUUUAGUUCUUGUUUGAAAUUAACAUCUAAUGAUCUAUUCAAUAUUUUAAAUGCUACUGCUGAUACUCGUGGAACCUUGCUUUAUUUUCAAGUGUUAAAAAUGAUUAUAGUAGCUUAUAUUGAAAAAACAACAACAAUAGUUGAAAGACUACGAUCUGCUUGGUGUGUAGUGUUUUUUUGUCGACUAUGGUUUACCUGGAUUAAAUUUAAAACAUUUAAUUUAACACAAACCAGAAACAAUAAUAAAAGCAGAUAUUUUAUUACACAACCAGCAUAUUUAUCGGUUGAAAUAAAUGCUCAUAAUUUAUUAUAUUUAAUUUUACUUGUCAAACAAAAGCAGUUACCACCACAAGCAUUGAAUAUUCCUAUUUUUAACUCGCAAGCUUGUGAAUCAAUUUUUAGAAAUACACGAGCGUUAAGUGGAAUUUAUUCAACCAUAGUCAACUUUACAGUACAUGAUUUUCUACGACGUGCCCAAAGAUUAUCAUUAUUGAAUGACAUUAAAUGUAAACAGUUACAUAGUGGUUCAGUUGACAAGUUAGUCUUUCCGGUUCAUUAUAAACAUCGGGUUGAACGUCAAUCAUCAUUUACACACAGUCAACUUGAAAUUGAUGAAAUAGACAUCGAACGAGUUAUUACUGAUGCCUAUCAUCAUGCUGUUGAUAUGCUUGAAGGUCUAGAUAUAUUGAACUUAUUGGAAAAAAAACAUGUUCUUGGAUUAAAACCAUUAAGUGAAUAUUUAUUUCGACAAUUAAAUUCCAAUUCACAAAAACAUAAUUACUCUUCUCAAAUAAGCAAUAUAGACGAUGAAGUAUUUGAAAGUGACGAUGAUAAUGAUGAAGAUGGAGAUGACACAACAAAUGAUCUCAGCAUGAAUGAGGACAAUGAUGAUAGCUCUAUUAACAACGAUUACACUGAUGAAGAUGAACAAAAUAACACUCAAGAUUUAAUAAAUACUACAAAGAAAGACUUCUCUGGAGUAAAAGUUGCUGAUAAAGUGGAGCCUCAUAUUGAACAUACCUAUUUUAAAGUGAAAUUAAAUCAUGAUACAAAAUUUUUACACAAACAAACUGCUUGUUGGUUGUUAACAGAAGAGAAAAGUAAACUUUCAAAUGACCGAUUACUUCGCGUGCAACAGGUCAAUAAAUGAUAAUAUAAAUGGUUUUUUCUUUUUUUUUAUAGUAUUUGUUUGAUUUUUUUCAAUAAAGGGUAUAUUUUGUUGAAUUUAAAAUUUUUUUAUUCAUUGAAGGUGUUGUAUAUGGGUGGUGCACAGAUACUGUGCGAACAUCUCAAAAGUGGAGCCAGUAUAAGUUUAAUUCUAUGUAACAGGUGAUGAAAAGUAAAACCAAUAUACAGCAGUAUUACAUGUCUAUAAUAUACUUGUGAAGUGCUCUCCAGAAUUUCAAACGACUCCACUGGACUCCAUUGGACUCCAUUGGACUCCAUUGGACUCCAUUGGACUCC